UCUGAGCUGUGGAAUCCCUAAAUCGAAACACACCACAAUAAACCUAAUUCACCUUUGUUUUCUUUCUUCAUUUCUUGUAGCAUUAAUUUAGGGUUGUGGUUUUCAAUUAGUGGAUUUUUUUUUGUCGAUCAACAAUGGCAAUCCCGAUGGAGUUUUAUCCAGCUGAAGAUGAUCUACUCUACGAGGAGGAGCUUUUGCGCAACCCAUUUAGUCUGAAGCUAUGGUGGCGCUACCUGGUCGCUCGCGCGGAUGCUCCGUUCAGGAGACGAUUCAUUAUCUACGAGCGUGCACUUAGAGCCUUACCCGGUAGCUACAAGCUCUGGCACGCCUACCUCCGUGAGCGCCUCGAGUUGGUGAGGAACCUACCUAUCAACCACUCGCAGUACGAGACGCUAAACAACACUUUCGAGAGAGCUUUGGUAACCAUGCAUAAGAUGCCCCGGAUUUGGAUAAUGUACUUGCUGAGUCUAACAGAGCAGAGGCUAAUUACGAAGACUCGGCAGACCUUUGAUAGGGCAUUAUGUGCCCUGCCUGUGACCCAACACGAUAGGAUUUGGGAGCCGUAUUUGGUGUUUGUUAGCCAAAAAGGCAUCCCAAUAGAGACUUCGCUUAGGGUUUAUAGGAGGUACUUGAAGUAUGAUCCCAGCCAUAUUGAGGAUUUUAUAGAGUUUUUGGUGAAUUCGAGUCUUUGGCAAGAGGCUGCCGAAAGAUUAGCUUCUGUGCUGAAUGAUGACCGGUUUUAUUCCAUUAAGGGGAAAACAAAGCAUAGGCUGUGGUUAGAGUUGUGUGAUCUGCUCACGAGGCAUGCCAAGGAUGUGUCAGGUUUGAAUGUUGAUGCAAUAAUCAGGGGUGGGAUCAGGAAGUUCACAGAUGAAGUGGGUAGGCUGUGGACCUCUCUUGCAGAUUAUUACAUUAGGAGGGGUUUGCUGGAGAAAGCAAGGGAUAUAUUUGAGGAAGGCAUGACAACCGUGGUUACAGUAAGAGAUUUUAGUGUUAUUUUUGAUGCGUACUCACAGUUCGAAGAGAGUAUGGUUGCGCAUAAAAUGGAAACUCUGGAUUUGAGUGACGGGGAGGAUGAGGAUGAUGAGGAAAAUGGAUUUGAUGAAAAUGAAGAUGUUAGGUUGGAUGUGAAUAUGUCGGUGGCUAAGUUUGAGAGGAGAAUACUUCAUGGAUUUUGGCUACAUGAUGAUAAUGACGUAGAUCUGAGAUUGGCUCGUCUGGAACAUCUCAUGGAUAGGAGACCAGAAUUGGCCAACAGUGUACUUCUGCGACAAAAUCCACAUAAUGUUGAACAGUGGCACCGCAGGGUGAAGCUAUUUGAGGGCAAUCCCACGAAGCAGAUUCUUACCUUUACUGAGGCGGUGAGGACUGUUGAUCCAAUGAAAGCCGUGGGGAAGCCUCAUACAUUGUGGGUGGCUUUUGCUAAAUUAUAUGAGAGCCACAAAGAUAUAGUCAAUACAAGAGUGAUUUUUGAUAAGGCAGUGCAGGUGAACUACAAGACUGUAGAUAACCUUGCAAGUGUCUGGUGUGAGUGGGCAGAAAUGGAGCUGAGACAUAAAAAUUUCAAAGUAGCCCUAGAGCUGAUGAGUCGGGCCACAGCAGAACCAUCAGUAGAGGUUAAACGAAGAGUGGCUGCUGAUGGAAAUGAACCAGUUCAAAUGAAGCUGCACAAGUCUUUGAGACUUUGGGCCUUCUAUGUGGAUUUGGAGGAGAGUUUGGGCACCUUGGAGUCCACCCGAGCUGUGUAUGAGCGAAUACUUGAUUUGAGAAUAGCAACGCCUCAGAUGAUAAUCAAUUAUGCAUUGCUUUUGGAAGAGCACAAAUACUUUGAAGAUGCUUUCAAAAUAUAUGAGCGAGGCGUGAAGAUAUUCAAGUACCCACACGUAAAAGAUAUAUGGGUUACUUACCUCUCAAAAUUUGUCAAGCGGUACAAGAAGACAAAACUGGAACGGGCAAGAGAGUUGUUUGAACAUGCUGUUGAAAUGGCUCCCGCGGAUGCUGUGAAACCAUUAUAUCUUCAAUAUGCUAAGCUGGAGGAGGAUUACGGUCUAGCCAAACGAGCCAUGAAGGUUUAUGAUCAAGCCACUAAGGCUGUUCCAAAUAAUGAGAAGCUGAGCAUGUAUGAAAUCUACAUUGCUCGUGCGGCUGAGAUUUUUGGUGUUCCAAAAACUCGGGAAAUAUAUGAGCAAGCUAUUGAAUCUGGUCUUCCAGACAAAGAUGUCAAGAUCAUGUGCCUUAAGUACGCUGAGUUAGAAAAGAACUUGGGAGAAAUUGAUCGUGCACGUGGUAUAUAUGUAUUCGCCUCCCAGUUUGCUGACCCACGAUCAGAUGCUGAGUUUUGGAACAAAUGGCAUGAGUUUGAGGUGCAACAUGGUAAUGAAGAUACCUUCCGGGAAAUGCUGCGUAUUAAACGGAGUGUAUCUGCGAGCUAUAGCCAGACACACUUUAUUCUGCCAGAGUACCUCAUGCAGAAGGAUCAGAGGCUCAGCAUUGAUGAUGCUAAAGACAAAUUGAAACAGGCUGGUUUGCCUGAAGAUGAGAUGGCUGCUCUAGAGAGGCAGUUGGCCCCUGCAGCAGAUAAUGCUACUGCUAAAGAUGGCAGCAGAAAAGUGGGUUUUGUGAGUGCUGGAGUGGAGUCACAGUCUAAUGCAAAUCAGGAAGACAUUGAGCUGCCUGAAGAAAGCGAUUCUGAAGAAGAUGAGAAGAUAGAGAUUGCACAGAAGGAUGUUCCAUCUGCUGUCUUUGGAGGGUUAGCUCGGAAGCGGGAAGAAAUUGACAAGGAUGGGGUGGGAGAUGAUGCUGCUGCUGCAGCAAAUAAGGAUGGUGAAAGUCGUCUUGGUGCCCUUGAAAGGAUAAAAAGGCAAAAACUGGGGUAAAUGUAUGUUGGCACGUCUUAUAGGGUGUUGAAAGAAUUUUGACUUGCUUCACUAUGUUAUUCUGACUUAAGUUCAAGACUGGUACUUCCCUUUGCCUAAGGUUUUGAUUUUGCUGCUCUUGGAAGAAACUCAUUUUCACUGGUACUUUUUGAAAGAGUCAAUCAUGGAGACAACAGCAUUGUAAAAACUCUUCUGAUAUUUUAAUGUUUUUUUCCACAGGUAAGUUGGACAUGCCUGCAUUUUACA